AUGGAAGGCAAACCCGAAGCGUUAUGUCGAGUAUGCGGCGACAAGGCGUCGGGCAAACACUACGGAGUGCCCUCGUGCGACGGAUGCAGAGGAUUUUUCAAGCGAAGCAUCCGGCGGAAUUUAGACUAUGUAUGUAAGGAAAAUGGAAGAUGUGUGGUAGAUGUCAGCCGGCGGAAUCAAUGUCAGGCUUGCCGAUUUUCAAAGUGUCUUCGCGUCAACAUGAAAAAAGACGCGGUGCAACAUGAGCGCGCUCCAAGACAAAUAACGAGUCAGCACCAACUCGCGUUACAAAAACUAAGCUACAGUUUAGCACGACAAAACUCUUUUUUCCCAUCUCCUGCUCCUGUAGGAAUGUCCACUCUUCCACAUUACCAAUACAACACACUGCCUGAACAAUCUCAUAAUUUUCUAGAAAUUCCGGCAUUUCAAAAUUUUCCAAGAGUUCCGGAGCCUUUGUCAAUGGAUAUUGCUAACCUGGGUCCCCUUUUCAAUAAUCCAAACCCAUUGCAUCCCCUAAAUCCAUUUAAAAUUCCACUUUUCCCAGCACCAGUGCACUAUCCUGUAUCUCAUUCAGGAUAUUUAAAUACGAAUAUUUUCUAUCCGCCCUUGAUAUCGUCCGAUAAUAAUCCAACGCUGUACACGGAUAUUCAAAAUGCAUAUUCCAGCAAUUUAAAUUCACCUAAAUACAACGCUUCAUAUAAUAAAGAUUCCACAGAGAAGCCAGAUUCACAGUUUUGCGAUAAAAUAAAAGAAGAUGAAGUUUCCAGUUCUGAAGAAGCAUGCAAAACAGAUAUGAAUGUAGAAAGUAAAACUAUCCAACAACACUCGCCAAGUAGCUUUGAACCUCCAGCACAUUAUGUAGCAAGAAAUUUAGAUAAACGUUGUAGUAUUAUAAAUGUCGACAGUAACGACAGAAUUAUUGUGGAGUCUAUGAAAAAUCAAAAAUGUCAACCUGAAACGACAUCACAUAGUAUCGAUGAAGGUACUACGUGUAAAAUAAAGUUUCAUAACCCAUUAGUGUUGGACAUAGAACUGUACGAUCCGGCGGCAAAAUUGUUGGUUGCCACCGUAAAGUGGCUACAUAGUGUAGCUUCGUUUGAACAGAUCACCCAAAGUGAACAAACAAGUUUACUUCAGAGCAAUUGGAAAGAGCUAUUUAUUAUGCAUGCAGCUCAAUAUUCAUUCUUUUUCGAUGAAGGUUACGUAUCUUCAGUAAUCAUGUCAAAGCGGCCCAAUAUCAAAGAGGAACUCAGAAAAUUGACAGCUCUACUAAAGAGGAUUGGGCAAUGUAGAUUAGAUAAAACAGAAUUCGAAUGUCUAAAAACGUCACUAUUAUUUCGGGCAGAUUCACUAGAUAUAACAACACAAAUGGAGAUAACCCAAGAGAAGACACUGAUACAAUUACAAAGGCACUGCACGGGCAAGGAGUCGAGGUUUGCGAGACUCAUGUUGAUUAUACCCAGUGUAUGCUGUGUCGCUAAUUACGGCCUUUUAGAAGAUCUCCUCUUUUCCACUUCAUCGACAGAAGACAUAAAUGCCAUACUUUGUAGGAUACUUGCGUAUACCGCGAUG